UGGUAGCCGGCUUACUGUCGAUUUUAAGCCGACGCCGAUAAUUUUAGUGUCAGCCGUCGUUAACAUUUGUCGACGCAGAGCUCUGAAUAGAAGUGACAUUUUUUGUAAUUUUCAUGGAGAAAAAUAAAACAAUUCCAACAAAACAAUCAUAUAAUGCAAGUUUAAAUCUUUUGAAAUAGAAAAUUUAAAGGUAAACAUCGGCAAACAAAGAGAAAAUACUAAGCAUCGGUUUUGUCCAUAAAAUUUUAUCAGCUUUUAAGAAAGAAAAACAAAAAGAACCUAUUGUGGUCUUCCCUUUUAAGACAGCUAUAAACCAACACAAAAGGGAAGGAAAAGAAACAAAUAUACAAAUUUCACAACAUUUUCCAGAAUAUUAUUUUUGAAUUUUCUUUGUUAAAACUGGAAUUAUGCCCAUAUUAUAUUCCGUAAUCUCACGCGGUACUACUGUACUGGCCAAGUAUGCUGAGUGUGUGGGAAAUUUUGCUGAAGUAACAGAUCAAAUAAUUUCCAAGAUCACUAUGGAUAACCACAAAUUGACCUAUUCUCAUGGCGACUAUUUGAUACAUUAUGUAUGUGAACAUAAAUUGAUUUAUAUGUGCAUCACCGACAACGAAUUUGAAAGGUCUAGAGCUUUUCUAUUUUUGGCUGAUAUUAAACAGAAAUUUAUACAAACUUAUGGUUUGACUGUGGCCACAGCCAUUGCCUAUGCCAUGAAUACGGAAUUUUCCAAGGUAUUAGCUCAACAAAUGACAUUCUUUAGUCAAUCGAAUGAGGUCGAUGCCAUUUCCCGGGUACAUGGACAAAUUGAUGAAUUAAAAGAUAUUAUGGUUAAAAAUAUUGAUAAUCUAAGAGAUCGUGGUGAAAAAUUGGAACUACUGGUUAAUAAGACAGAAAAUUUAAGUAACAAUUCUGUAGCAUUUCGCAAAGCUUCACGUAAUCUGGCCCGACAAAUGUUUUGGAAAAAUGUACGUCUAUACGUAAUUGUUGGCCUAAUUAUAAUUUUCGUACUCUAUGUUAUUGUCAGCAUGGCCUGUGGCGGUUUGGCCUGGAAGGAAUGUGUAGCAUAGAUAACAAAACAAUAACUUCGGAUUCAAGCCUGAAAAAUAUUUAACUGUUAUUAUUAACUUAAAAGGAUACUUCAUGGUCAUAAGUAAAUGUUUAAAGUUUAAUUUCAAAGAAAUAGCUUAAACGUCUAUAAUAGCAAACUCAUCAGAUUAUGACUAUGAAAUACCAAUUCAUCAUAUGCAAACAUAUAUUUUUAUAUUUAUAUAAAAAAAAAUUAUCAGUUUAAUAUUUAUAAGAUUUUCUCAUUUUCUUCAAAAAAAAAGGUAUUCAAAAUGGUAUGAUAUUAAAUAUAUUCAAGAAUUUCAAAAAAAAAACCCAAAAAAUUGUAUUAUAAAAAAAUGUAAGAACACUGCAAAACUGUUUGAAUAUUAACACGAAAAGACAAAACCUGCCAUGAUAAAUGUAUAUUUAAAUAUACAAAUCAAUUUUCCAUAAACAAUUUUAAUAUUUUUUCUUUAAACUUUGAAAGGUUAUAUUCUUAAAGAUCUAGUAAAUUCCAGUUUUGCGGUGUUUAUAAGUAAAGUCAUAGACCCUAGUAGAGAAACGUUAGGUAUAACAAAAAUGACUUCUCUAUUUGUUGUCUUAAGUCUUAAAAUUUCUAUUUAUAAUUUUCUAAUAAAAUAAGUUAAAUUUUUAUGUAAAUCUA